CGGGCGCUGGGUAGGGCGCAGAGCCUGGACUGUGCGGCCGCUCGGCUCGGCUCUUCCGCGGGACUCCGCGCGCGAAUCCGACCAGCAUGGCGGUGGAAGAAGAGGGGCUCCGGGUCUUCCAGAGCGUGAAGAUCAAGAUCGGUGAAGCCAAAAAUCUUCCCACUUACCCGGGGCCAAACAAGAUGCGAGAUUGCUAUUGCACCGUGAACCUGGACCAAGAGGAGGUUUUCAGGACCAAAAUCGUGGAGAAAUCACUCUGCCCCUUCUAUGGAGAAGACUUCUACUGUGAAAUCCCUCGGAGUUUUCGUCACCUGUCAUUUUACAUCUUCGAUAGAGACGUUUUCCGGAGGGACUCCAUCAUAGGGAAGGUGGCCAUUCAGAAGGAAGACUUGCAGAAGUACCAUAACAGGGACACCUGGUUCCAGCUGCAGCAUGUUGACGCUGACUCAGAAGUUCAGGGCAAGGUCCACCUGGAGCUGAGGCUGAGUGAAGUCAUCACCGACACGGGCGUCGUCUGCCACAAGUUGGCCACGCGCAUCCUCGAGUGCCAAGGCCUCCCCAUCGUGAAUGGGCAGUGCGACCCUUACGCCACUGUGACACUUGCAGGACCAUACAGAUCGGAAGCCAAGAAGACGAAAGUGAAAAAGAAGACCAACAACCCUCAGUUUGACGAGGUGUUUUACUUUGAGGUGACCAGACCCUGCAGCUACAGCCGAAAGUCCCACUUCGACUUCGAGGAGGAGGAUGUGGACAAACUUGAAAUCCGGGUUGACCUCUGGAACGCCAGUAACUUGAAAUUUGGGGACGAGUUUCUGGGAGAACUACGGAUUCCGCUGAAAGUGCUGCGGCAGUCCAGCUCCUACGAAGCGUGGUACUUCCUGCAGCCCCGAGACAAUGGCAGUAAGAGCCUGAAGCCUGGGGACCUGGGGUCCCUGCGGUUGAACGUGGUGUACACAGAAGACCACGUCUUCUCCUCCGACUACUACAGCCCCCUGCGGGACCUGCUGCUGAAGUCUGCGGACGUGGAGCCCGUCUCGGCGUCCACGGCUCACAUCCUGGGCGAGGUGUGCAGAGAAAAGCAGGAGGCGGCCAUCCCGCUGGUGCGACUCUUCCUGCACUAUGGCCGAGUGGUGCCCUUCAUCAGCGCCAUCGCCAACGCCGAGGUCCGGAGGACACAGGACCCCAACACCAUUUUCCGAGGAAACUCGUUGACAUCCAAGUGCAUUGACGAGACGAUGAAGCUGGCGGGGAUGCACUACCUGCACGUCACCCUGAAGCCCACCAUCGAGGAGAUAUGCCAGAGCCACAAACCCUGCGAAAUCGACCCCGUGAAGCUGAAAGAUGGCGAAAACCUUGAAAACAACAUGGAGAACCUGCGGCAGUACGUCGACCGCAUCUUCAACGUCAUCACCAAGUCGGGGGUGAGCUGCCCGACGGUCAUGUGUGACAUUUUCUUUUCUCUCCGAGAGGCGGCUGCCAAGCGCUUCCAGGAUGACCUGGACGUGAGGUACACGGCGGUGAGCAGCUUCAUUUUCCUGAGGUUCUUCGCGCCUGCCAUCCUGUCCCCCAACCUCUUCCAGCUCACGCCUCACCACACGGACCCACAGACGUCUAGGACGCUGACGCUUAUCUCAAAGACUAUUCAGACUCUUGGCAGCUUAUCCAAGUCAAAGUCUGCCAGCUUUAAGGAAUCCUACAUGGCUGCAUUUUACGAAUUCUUCAAUGAGCAGAAAUAUGCUGAUGCUGUAAAAAAUUUCUUAGAUCUGAUCUCCUCCUCUGGGAGAAGGGACCCCAAGAGCGUGGAGCAGCCCAUCCUGCUCAAGGAAGGGUUUAUGAUUAAGAGGGCGCAAGGACGAAAGCGCUUUGGGAUGAAGAACUUUAAGAAAAGGUGGUUCCGCUUGACAAAUCAUGAAUUUACCUACCAGAAAAGCAAAGGAGACCAGCCCCUCUACAGCAUUCCCAUCGAGAACAUUCUGGCCGUGGAGAAACUGGAGGAGGAGUCCUUCAAGAUGAAGAACAUGUUCCAGGUCAUCCAGCCGGAGCGGGCGCUGUACAUCCAGGCCAACAACUGCGUGGAGGCCAAGGCCUGGAUCGACAUCCUCACCAAAGUGAGCCAGUGCAACCAGAAGCGCCUCACCGUCUACCACCCCUCCGCCUACCUCAACGGCCACUGGCUGUGCUGCAGGGCCUCCUCCGACACGGCCCCCGGCUGCUCCCCGUGCACCGGCGGCCUCCCAGCAAACAUCCAGCUGGACAUCGACGGGGACCGAGAGACGGAGCGCAUCUACUCCCUGUUCAACCUGUACAUGAGCAAACUGGAGAAGAUGCAAGAAGCCUGUGGGAGCAGAUCUGUGUAUGACGGCCCAGAGCAAGAGGAGUACUUGACCUUCAUCAUCGAUGACCCCCAGGAGACCUACAAGACACUGAAGCAGGUCAUCGCCAGGGUCGGGGCCCUGGAGCAGGAGCACGCCCAGUACAAAAGGGACAAGUUCAAGAAGACCAAGUAUGGGAGCCAGGAACACCCCAUCGGAGAUAAGAGUUUUCAGAGCUACAUCAGGCAGCAGUCAGAGGUCUCCACCCAUUCCAUUUAAAGCCU